CUGUCCUGAUGUUCCGACGACCACCGCUGCGUUCCUUGUUCAUACCGGAGCUGUGUCGAGUUCUCUCAUUCCUGGGCGAUUUUCAGCUAUGGAUUUCGAUGACAUCGCGCUAGCUCGGUUCGACGAUCUAAAGAAAGAAUGGGUCAGCCAAUGCUCCAAAUCCGCCCAGGGGAUCUGCGAUCUAGCCAACCGCUACCGCCAACGUGACGACUGUCUCCUCCGCUCCAUGCACAGUGGCUCCUUCAACUUCAGUUUCCGUCUGCACUGGGAGGAUGAUGGCGAGGACUGGCUGAUCCGAUUUCCGCUCCGGGGGAAAUCCAUGUUCUUGGACGAGAAGAUCAUUGGAGAAGCUGUCCUCAUGAAAUAUCUGAGGGAGAAGACGAAUAUCCCCGUGCCGGAGGUUAUUGCGUAUGGCGCGGGGGAUGAGAAUCCGACCGGUCUGGGGCCGUUUAUUAUCAUGACCUGGAUCGAAGGGAGGAAGAUGUCGGAUGUGCUGAGGAAAGAGGGGGGGUCGGAAAAGGAGGAGGUUCUUGAUCCUCAUAUCAACGAGGCGGUUCUGGAGUCUUUGUACGGUCAGAUGGCGGGGAUCUUACUGGAGCUGUGGAAGCUUGAUUUCGAUCGCAUCGGAUGUCUUGCUCUCGAUGAAGGGACUGGAGAGUUCCAGAUCACGAAACCGCCCAUAACACUCGCGACGAACGAACUCAUCCGGACAUGUGGUCUGGACCAUGUUUCCACCUCUUCACGAGUUUAUAACAGCUCGGUAGAAUACAUCCACUCCCUCCUGACCCUCCAAUCGACCCAUCUCACUCAGCAACGAAACAGCAUCUACGACGCGGAAGAUUGUCGGGAGAAAUACACCUGUCGACAUCUCAUGAAAGCCAUCGCGUUGAACUUCAUUCCAACCUCCAGCGAAGAAACCCACGGCCCAUUCAAACUUUUCUGCGACGAUCUUUGUCCGGGAAACGUCUUGGUUAAUGACCAGCUACAGGUCGUAGCCGUCAUCGACUGGGAAUUCUCCUAUGCCGCCCCCGCCCAGUUCGCAGGGAGUAUACCCUGGUGGCUACUUCUCGACCAACCGCAUCGGAUUGUGUCUGAUCGGGGGGGUGAGGGGUUUCUUGAGCUGUUUUUGCCCAAGGCGGAUGCUUUUCUUCGGGUGCUUGAGAGGAGGGAGGAGGAGGAGGAGGAGGGGGUUGGGGUUGGGGUUGGGGUUGGGGUUGGGGGUAAGGUUGGUGAUGAUGGAAAAAGGCUUUCGAUGUGCAUGAGGGCGUCUCUACGGGAUCGAAGUGCGUGGUUUGCUUUGGCGGUGAGGAUGGUGCAUAGUGUUGAUUUGAUCUAUUGGGAUUUGUUGGAUGAGUUUUGUUGGGGGGCGAGGGAAAAGGUGGCGGAGAGGGUGUAUGGGGUUACGACGGGGGUGGAGAUGCAUAGACGGAGGGAGGGGUUCGUGAGGGAGAAGGUGGAUCAGCUGAGGGGGUAUUUUGAGGAGUUGGGGGUGGAGAGGGGGGUCGAGGCUUGUGUCUUUGGCGGUUGCUGCUGGUUUCUGGACCAGGCGAUGUAGAGUGUGAAUGGCAUUUCAACAUCGGACUCGGUUAAUUGGAAUACAUGCGAUGGACUGGGUGAAUCAGUACAGGUAGGGUAAUUCUAUCUCUUCCAUAUGAGGAUUCACAGCAUCUACCACAGGCUUCACCCCACAGCCCAAUAUAAAAGCCCGAUCUCCCCCUCCCUCUCUCCAUCCGUUGUAAAUAAUCUCCCAACCCGGAUACAGAGCGUUGGCUUUGCCAAUAUCACUGUAU